UUGCGCGACUGACAGUGGAGCAACUGAGCGACACACCUGAAGCAUGGAUGAAACGGAGACUUUAGAUUUGUCGGUGGACGAUUUUUCGAGCGAACCCGAGCUCGAAACGCUUAUUGAAGAGCUGAAAGAUCAAGACCUCACCUUUCUCAUCGGAAUAUUUGUUUCUUUAGCCGUGGUGAUCAUCACUAUAGUGCUUCUGAAGUUCCUCUGGGGCAGCAAAACCACCAGAAACGCGGUGCUGUUGGUGGGACUCAGCGACGCUGGCAAAACGCUCCUGUUCAGUCGGCUGCUACUGGGAAGAUUCAAGCGCACUCAGACCUCGAUAGCAGAGAGCAGCGCCAUCUAUAAAGCCAAGAAUGAUCGGGGCAGCAGCUGGACCCUGGUGGACCUGCCGGGGCAUGAGAGUCUGCGGCCGCAGUAUCUGGAGAAGUUCAAGGCCUCCGCCCGAGCGCUGGUGUUUGUGGUGGACAGUGCCCUGUUCCAGAAGGAGGUGCGGGACGUGGCUGAGUUCCUCUACUCGCUGCUGACGGACAGCGUGGUGGCCAGAAACGCCCCCUCCCUGGUGGUGGCCUGCAACAAGCAAGAUAUAAAAAUGACGAAGUCAGCCAAACUCAUUCAGCAGCAACUGGAGAAGGAGCUGAACACGUUGCGCGUGACGCGCUCGGCGGCGCUCAGCUCUCAGGACGGGUCGGGGGGCGGGGCCGUGUUCCUGGGCAGGAAGGGGCGGGACUUUGAGUUCUCUCAGCUGCCACUCAAGGUGGAGUUCGUGGAGUGCAGCGCUCGAGGAGCUCAGGGGGAGGAGGGAGACGCCAGCAUUGAGGACCUGGAGACCUGCCUCGCCAAGCUCUGAACACACACACACACACACACACACACACACACACACACACACACACACACACACACUCGAGGAGCUCAGGGGGAGGAGGGAGACGCCAGCAUUGAGGACCUGGAGACCUGCCUCGCCAAGCUCUGAACACACACACACACACACACACACACACACACACACACACACACACACACACACACACACACACACACACACACACACUCGAGGAGCUCAGGGGUAGGAGGAGGGAGACGCCAGCAUUGAGGACCUGGAGCCAAGCUCUGAACACACACAAACACACACACACACACCACCACACAGACACACACACACACAAACAUGCACAUCCCAUACACCACACACACACACCACCACACAGACACAAGCAGACCUGCCUCGCCAAGCUCUGAACACACACACACACACACAUGCACAUCCCAUACACCACACACACACACGCACCAUACACCACACAGACACACACACCACACAGACACAAGCAGGAGACUUGCCUCGCCAAGCGCUGAACACACACACACACAUGCACAUACCAUACACCACACAGACACGCGCACCAUACACCACACACACACACACACACUAUACACACAUACCAUAUACCACACAUACACCAUACACACAUACCAUACCAUACCAUACACAGAGUAUGACCUUGUAGAGAAAUGAUCAGAUGCUAAUCAUGCUGUGUAACUGUGAAUGUCUGUAGUGCUUCUGUUGAUCUCCAUGUGUCAUCAGUGUAUUUGUUGCUGUUAAAGUAAAAUAAUGCUUUUGUUGA